AUGCUGGACCCGUCGUCCAGCGAGGAGGAGUCGGAGGAGCUGGUGGAGGAGGAGAGCGGCAAGGAGCCGCUGGCUCCCGCCGCCGCUCGCCUCUCGCCCAGCCGCCCCGGCGAGAGCCCCGGCCCCGGCCCCGGAGGCGGCGGUAGCGGCGGCGGAGGGCUGCAGCCGGGCGGACGCGCCGGGGGAGCGGCUCGGCCCGCCAGCCCCAGCCCGUCGGUGGCCAGCGAGAAGGAGAAGGAUGAGCUGGAGCGGCUGCAGCGCGAGGAGGAGGAGAGGAAGAGGAAGCUGCAGCUCUACGUCUUCGUCAUGCGCUGCAUCGCCUACCCCUUCAACGCCAAGCAGCCCACCGACAUGGCCCGCCGGCAGCAGAAGAUUAGUAAGCAGCAGCUCCAGACAAUUAAAGAUCGUUUCCAGGCCUUUCUCAAUGGAGAAACCCAGAUUGUGGCAGAUGAAGCAUUUAUAAAUGCUGUCCAGAGCUACUAUGAGGUGUUUUUGAAAAGCGAUCGCGUUGCAAGGAUGGUGCAGAGCGGGGGGUGCUCAGCCAAUGACUCCCGAGAGGUCUUCAAGAAGCACAUUGAGAAGAGGGUGCGCAGCCUGCCUGAAAUCGAUGGCCUCAGCAAGGAGACGGUCCUGAGCUCCUGGAUGGCGAAGUUCGAUGCCAUUUACCGCGGCGAGGAGGAUCCCCGCAAGCAGCAGGCCAGGAUGACGGCGAGCGCUGCCUCCGAGCUCAUCCUCAGCAAGGAGCAGCUCUACGAGAUGUUCCAGAACAUUUUGGGGAUCAAGAAAUUUGAGCAUCAGCUGCUGUACAAUGCUUGUCAGCUGGACAACCCAGAUGAGCAAGCAGCACAGAUCAGACGUGAGUUGGAUGGACGUCUUCAAAUGGCAGAGCAAAUCGCCAAGGAGCGCAAGUUUCCCAAGUUUGUGUCCAAAGAAAUGGAAAACAUGUACAUCGAGGAGCUGAAGUCAUCUGUCAAUCUCCUGAUGGCCAACUUAGAGAGCAUGCCUGUGUCUAAAGGAGGCUCCGAGUUCAAGCUGCAGAAGCUGAAGCGUAGUCACAACACCUCGAUAAUUGACAUGGGAGAAGAAAAUGAAAACCAGCUGUCCAAGUCAGACGUUGUGUUGUCGUUCUCCCUGGAGGUUGUCAUCAUGGAGGUGCAGGGUCUGAAGUCAUUGGCCCCCAACCGCAUCGUGUACUGCACCAUGGAAGUGGAAGGUGGUGAGAAACUGCAGACUGACCAGGCUGAAGCAUCAAAGCCAACCUGGGGCACCCAAGGAGACUUCACGACAACCCACGCGCUUCCUGCAGUGAAGGUGAAGCUGUUCACAGAGAGUACAGGUGUGCUGGCCCUGGAGGACAAAGAGCUUGGGAGGGUUGUUCUCCAUCCCACUCCCAACAGCCCAAAGCAGUCAGAGUGGCACAAAAUGACAGUUUCCAAAAAUUGCCCAGAUCAAGACCUGAAGAUCAAGCUUGCUGUACGAAUGGAUAAGCCCCAAAACAUGAAGCACUCUGGAUAUUUAUGGGCCAUUGGUAAAAAUGUUUGGAAGAGAUGGAAGAAACGAUUCUUUGUUCUGGUGCAGGUUAGUCAAUAUACAUUUGCUAUGUGCAGCUACCGGGAGAAAAAAGCUGAGCCUCAAGAGCUGCUGCAGCUCGACGGAUACACUGUGGACUACACCGACCCACAGCCAGGUUUGGAAGGUGGCAGAGCAUUCUUCAACGCUGUGAAGGAAGGAGACACGGUGAUUUUUGCGAGUGACGAUGAGCAGGACCGCAUCCUGUGGGUCCAAGCCAUGUACCGAGCCACCGGCCAGUCUCACAAACCUGUGCCACCUACCCAAGUGCAAAAGCUAAAUGCUAAAGGAGGAAACGUUCCCCAGCUAGACGCCCCAAUCUCUCAAUUUUAUGCAGAUAGAGCUCAAAAGCAUGGCAUGGAUGAAUUUAUCUCUUCCAAUCCCUGUAACUUUGACCACGCUUCACUCUUUGAGAUGGUUCAGCGCCUCACUUUGGACCACAGACUUAAUGAUUCCUAUUCUUGUCUGGGCUGGUUUAGUCCUGGCCAGGUCUUUGUGCUAGAUGAGUAUUGUGCACGUAAUGGAGUGAGAGGCUGUCACAGACAUCUCUGCUACCUCAGAGAUUUGCUAGAGCGCGCAGAAAACGGAGCUAUGAUUGACCCCACCUUACUUCACUACAGCUUUGCCUUUUGUGCAUCACAUGUUCAUGGCAACAGGCCGGAUGGGAUAGGAACGGUAACCGUCGAUGAGAAAGAGCGAUUUGAAGAGAUCAAGGAGCGGCUGCGUGUGCUUCUGGAGAAUCAGAUCACGCACUUUAGGUACUGCUUUCCAUUUGGCCGUCCAGAAGGUGCGCUAAAAGCCACUCUAUCGCUGCUGGAAAGGGUUCUGAUGAAAGACAUAGUUACUCCAGUCCCUCAAGAGGAGGUAAAAACAGUCAUCCGUAAAUGCUUGGAGCAAGCAGCUCUAGUCAAUUAUACUCGACUAUCAGAGUAUGCCAAAAUUGAAGAAAAUGUAGGCCGGUUAGUCACACCAGCUAAAAAGUUAGAAGACACAAUACGUCUGGCAGAAUUGGUAAUUGAAGUCCUCCAACAAAACGAAGAGCACCACGCAGAGGCCUUUGCUUGGUGGUCAGACUUAAUGGUUGAGCACGCGGAGACCUUCCUGUCGCUGUUUGCGGUGGAUAUGGAUGCUGCGUUAGAGGUGCAACCCCCCGACACGUGGGACAGCUUUCCACUCUUUCAGCUUCUAAACGAUUUCCUCCGUAGUGACUAUAAUUUGUGCAAUGGAAAGUUCCACAAACACCUCCAAGACCUGUUUGCUCCACUUGUUGUUAGAUAUGUCGAUCUGAUGGAGUCCUCAAUUGCACAGUCAAUUCACAGGGGCUUUGAGCGGGAGUCAUGGGAGCCAGUAAAGAGUUUAACAAGUAAUCUGCCCAAUGUGAAUCUACCAAAUGUGAAUCUCCCUAAAGUACCAAAUCUACCAGUUAACAUCCCACUAGGCAUCCCACAAAUGCCUAGCUUUUCUGCACCGUCAUGGAUGGCUGCUAUUUAUGAUUCUGACAAUGGAUCAGGCACCUCAGAAGAUCUGUUCUGGAAACUGGAUGCACUACAGACCUUCAUCCGGGAUUUGCACUGGCCUGAGGAGGAGUUUGGGAAACACUUGGAGCAGCGCUUGAAGCUUAUGGCGAGUGACAUGAUCGAGUCCUGUGUGAAGAGAACCAGGAUUGCAUUUGAAGUAAAACUGCAGAAAACCAGCCGAUCAACAGAUUUCCGAGUCCCUCAAUCAAUAUGCACCAUGUUUAAUGUCAUGGUAGAUGCCAAAGCUCAGUCAACAAAGCUUUGCAGCAUGGAAAUGGGCCAGGAGCACCAGUACCAUUCAAAAAUAGAUGAACUAAUUGAGGAAACUGUCAAAGAAAUGAUAACACUCCUAGUGGCAAAGUUUGUCACCAUUUUGGAAGGAGUCUUGGCCAAACUGUCUAGAUACGAUGAAGGAACUUUGUUUUCUUCUUUCCUGUCAUUUACUGUGAAGGCUGCUUCCAAAUACGUGGAUGUACCCAAGCCAGGGAUGGAUGUUGCUGAUGCCUAUGUGACAUUUGUCCGCCACUCUCAGGAUGUCCUGCGUGAUAAGGUCAAUGAGGAGAUGUAUAUAGAAAGGUUAUUUGAUCAAUGGUACACCAGCUCGAUGAACGUCGUCUGCACCUGGCUGACGGACCGCAUGGACCUGCAGCUGCACAUCUACCAGCUGAAAACGCUCAUUAGGAUAGUGAAGAAAACGUACCGGGAUUUCCGAUUGCAAGGCGUGCUGGACUCCACCUUGAACAGCAAAACCUACGAGACCAUUCGGAACCGGCUGACAGUAGAGGAGGCCACGGCGUCGGUCAGUGAGGGCGGAGGGCUGCAGGGGAUCACCAUGAAGGACAGCGAUGAGGAGGACGAAGAGGACGACUAGGGCAGCUGGCCCCACGUCUGUGCAUGUACCUCGUCCAUAACUCAGUUAGCCACAUUAGGAAUUCUUCUGUCAGCUCUAAAUGCCCAUGAGAAGUUUACCAAUACAAAUGCCAUGUUAGCUGUGUGGUAAUAAGGUUAGCACCUCUCUUCGAUUCAUUGGUUUCCUGAUUUCAUAUCUGUAUGUUCAUAAGCAAUAUGGAGCACCAUUGUUUAAUACUGUUAAUGGAAAAUUACAUAGAAAACAUACUAGGUGUGUCCCUGUUAUAAUUAAACAAUGCUUCAUUAAUGUACUGUAUAUACAUUGAUGGUAAAUUGUUGUGAAGAUGAGUGAAUCGAGUCCUUUCAUUUCUUUGUUUCUCUUCUGUGGAUGCC